UACAGAAAGACAGCACGCACGCGCAGCGCCGCACGCUUCGCUUGGGUCCCUUCCUGCGCCUCGGUUUCCAUCCGGGUCCCUGGGUUUCGCGCUUCGCCGCACCUGCCCGGGUCGCUCCGGGUUUGCUUGGUAUUGGUAGUUACCGCUGCUCCAGAGUCUAAGUGCGGGUGCGAAGGUCGGCGGGUUUUAAUUUCUUGUCCUGGAAGCUAUACAUCAUAAUGAGGCUUGUUAUUCUUGAUAACUAUGAUUUGGCUAGUGAAUGGGCAGCCAGAUACAUCUGCAAUCGCAUCGUUCAGUUCAAACCUGGACAGGACAGAUAUUUUACACUGGGUUUACCAACAGAUUUCAUUCUUUGGACAGCUUUCCAAGUUGCAUGGCAAAUUCUAGUUUACUGAAAUUUCAAGGGAGUACACCUUUAGGAUGCUAUAAAAAACUAAUAGAAUAUCACAAGAAUGGAGACCUUUCUUUUAAAUAUGUGAAGACAUUUAACAUGGAUGAAUAUGUAGGGCUUCCCAGAAAUCAUCCUGAAAGCUACCAUUCUUAUAUGUGGAAUAACUUUUUUAAGCAUGUUGAUAUAGAUCCUAAUAAUGCCCAUAUCCUCGAUGGAAAUGCUGAAGAUUUACAAGCAGAAUGUGAUGCAUUUGAAAAAAAAAUAAAAGAAGCUGGAGGAAUAGAUCUUUUUGUUGGAGGAAUUGGUCCAGAUGGUCAUAUUGCUUUCAAUGAGCCAGGAUCCAGUUUAGUAUCAAGGACAAGAUUAAAGACACUAGCAAUGGAUACCAUUUUAGCAAAUGCUAAAUAUUUUGAUGGAGAUUUGUCAAAAGUACCAACUAUGGCUCUAACAGUUGGUGUGGGGACAGUAAUGGAAGCUAGAGAAGUAAUGAUCCUCAUAACAGGUGCACACAAAGCAUUUGCCCUGUACAAAGCAAUAGAAGAAGGAGUUAACCACAUGUGGACUGUUUCGGCUUUUCAGCAGCAUCCCCAAACUAUUUUUGUAUGUGAUGAAGACGCUACUUUAGAAUUAAGAGUUAAAACUGUGAAAUACUUUAAAGGUUUAAUGCAUGUGCAUAAUAAACUUGUGGAUCCACUACAUAGUAUGAAAGAAGGAAAUUGAAGGAGACUGGAGCAAAAUUCUACUGGAAUGAAGAGAACACUUUUUAUAAGUAGUAGAUGAUUUUCAGCUAUGCAAUAUAAUAGAACAUGGGGAAUUUUGAAGACUUAUUUUUAAAGUCCAAUAUAUAUGCUAAACAUUCCAUAUUUAGAAUGUCUAUUUUAUUCUAGGACUUAAUUAUACUUAGCUGUCAGAAUUGUCAGCUGUUUAUAAUAAAAUACAGAAACCACAUAGCCCGCAUAUAAAACAGCAGAGAAAUGAAGUCUGCCUGUUUAAAAAAAAAAAAGUUAUUUUAAAGGUAAAAAUUUGCACAUUACCAUUCAUGAUUUCAAUGGCAUAAUAAACACAGAUUUGUAUUUUUAAUCAUGUGAAAACAAAAGCCAAACAACUAUCAAACCUUUAGUUUUGGGAUAGUACCUUUAUAUUUUCUGUGCAUUACACCCAAGCUUUUCUGCACAUAGUUGCCUUAGUCAGUCUUCCUGUAGUAGGAUCUGGGCAUCAAAAGUCUUGCUAUAUAUUGUUGGUAAAGGAAAUUGGGAAGAGAUGACAAUGCCUAAAAAAGUACACUUUAUGUCCUUAUGAAAAGUAUGUAUAUGUUUUUUAUGUACCUUCUUCUGUAGCACUUUUUUAAAAAUGUGCUCUUAUUUUUGUUUAAUAACUUAGGUUUAUGCCCUUAAUAGUAUAUUGGCAUUUAUGAGCUUUAUACUUAGCAACAUACUUCAGGAAAUUCUUUUGGGAAAAAAAAAAGAUUGUUAAACUUCAUAAAUGGUUAGCUUUAUUCCUUAUAUAUAAAAAAUGUCUAAAAGAAUGACAUGAAGUUUAUGAUGAUGUAUAAAAGGAAUUAUUGUAUUUUAGAUUGCUAUAGCAACUUGCACAUUAAAUUGUUUUAAGUUUUCUACCUUUAACUCAAAUAAAGCUUAUAAUAAACAAAUGUUAUCUAUACUUUAUUCCCAAAAGUGAAAUGGAAGAAUACAUGCACUUGACAGAUGCCAAUGAUUAAUAUAGUACCUGUGACCCUGCAAUUACUAUUAGUUUGUAGCCACGCAGUAAGGAGAUGUAAGCUAUAAAGACAAUGUCCCCGCCUCUAAUUUCUCCAUCUUGCUCCAUGGGAAGUAAAAACUUUGCAUAUUUUGUGUCUUACAAACCAUUCUGGUAGAACCAUCAUUACUUAAAUAUCUACUGUGUUACUGAAAUGUAUUUACAGUUAAGUUCCUUAAAAUAUUUAAAUAGAAAAUUAAAGAUGAAAUAGAGUAAAAUAUUCUGCUUUAUUUUAAUUCCAGAUGAAGUUGUAAUAUAUUUGUAGGUAGGUCUCAUGCUUUUUAAAUGACUAGUAAAUCAGUAGCAUGUUCCAGUCACAUUUGUACUAAUAAAGAAUUGGUUACUACACAUUGCCUUAACUUGUUUUGGCCAACUAAUUACUCUAAUUUUUGGGUAACUGUCCCAACCUUCACUCCCUUGUUAUUGUAAAUUAAAUUAGGAAAUGCCUAUAGAGCUCAACACAGUGGCCAGCACAUUAAACUCAAUAAAUAGUGGUUAUUCUAGUACUCAUAUCAUUUCUUAGGUAUUAUUUUAAUGUUUGCUAAAGUCUUCUCAAUAAAAGGUCCUCCAGGGGAUACACUGAGAACACUCAUGAUGCCAAAUCACCACUAUCAUCUGAUUGAGAGAGUGGCCAAGGGAGAGAACUUAAGCACACACUACAAAAUUUGGAAAAUAUCUUUUUUGCCUAUUAUUAGUACAAAUAAAAUUAUUUCCCAAAGAGUCACAGGUUAAAGGAGGGUACAAUUUGCCCGAAUUGCAAGAAUACGAAGAAAAGCGCAAACAUUAAAUAGCAGACACUUACAUAAUAUGUACUGUGUGCCAAGUACCAACUUGUCACUUUUCCUUCCUGGCAAAAAUGGAUGGAAGAUAACAUUUGUGUUAAAAGUAUAUUAAUCAUCUUGACCAAAAGGGGGAUGUGAAAUGAAGUAAGUUUCAAUGAGAGAUUCCAAAAGGAGCCAAGAGGUCACUUUAAAAUAACUUUUUACUCUUACGCACAAUAUAGAUAACCAAUUCUAA